AAAAGAACUAUAGAAUGCCAGGUCCACGCGCAGGCUGCCAUCACAAGACUACGCUGAUCAGAUAUCGGCCGGUACUUGAUUUGAUCUCCGCCCGCGCGCCGCAAGAAAAAAACUCCUUAAAUGGCACCAGCGUCCUGUGGCCCUGCGCCAGAGCCAGUUUGCUUUUCCCUUCCUUUUUUUUAUUUUCAAUCGUCAGCCAAUUUUUCUUGUUUUUCCACAAACAACACUUUCAACGACUCUAGGUACACCAGAAGAUCAACUUUGAACAAUGUUCAACUCGAGCAGCUCUUUUGGCGGCGGAGGCUCGAGUGGCAGUGGAUUCGGCGGGUUCAACCAGGCCAGCAACACCACUGCGACGCGUACCGGCUUUGGCGCGUUCGGGCAGAGCAACAACACUGGAAAUACGUUUGGUAAUGCUAGUGGGGCGUUUGGCCAGUCAAACACGGCGGGUGGGUUUGGAAACACGCCUGGUGGUUUUGGUCAGGCCAGUAGCAGCGGCACGACUGGAUUUGGGCAGUCGGCGGCAACCGGCUUUGGGCAGAGGACUGCUGGCACUGCGGCUACGGCUGGGGCAUCAUCAGGCAUGUCGACGUUCGGGCAGUCGGCCGCAGGCGGGUUUGGUCAGCAGACUGGUGGUGGGAUGUUCGGUCAAUCGUCGGCCGGCGGAGGAGGAUUUGGCGGUGCUGCGGCCACCAGCACGUUUGGCGGUGCACUUGGCAAUACCAACACGGGUACAGGUCAUACGCCGUUUAAGGAGCACAUUGAGCGCAAUCCCACAGGCGCCAAGGAGGCCUACCAGAACAUCUGCGCGAUGAACGAGUAUAUGAACUUUUCUCCUGAAGAACUGCGGUUGCAGGACUACCUUGCCAACCGGAAGCAGCCGGGUGCGGCCGGAGCUUCGGGCUUUGGAACCGCCAGCACCGCUGGGUUUGGGCAGACUAGCGCUGCUGGGGGAUUCGGCAGCACCGGCAGCACUGGGUUUGGCCAAACCUCGGCGGCAGGCGGCGGCGGUUUUGGUCAGACUAACACAGCCACAGGCUUUGGCCAGACCAGCAAUGCGCCAGCAUUUGGCCAGGCGAACACCAGCACCACUGGGUUUGGCGCAAACACGUUUGGCCAGUCGAAUACGGGCGGAGGGUUUGGCCAGGCCACCAACACUGGCGGAGGGUUUGGUCAGAACAACGCGACGACUGGGUUUGGCGCCAAUACCGGCUUUGGCGCUGCCACCAACAAGCCUGCCUUUGGGCAGAGCGCAGCAACCGGAUUUGGCCAGACAAGCACGUCGGGCGGGUUUGGUGGCGGUGCCUUUGGAGCCGCAGCAAACAAGCCGGCGUUCGGGCAGACCAGCGGCACCGGGUUCGGGCAAACCUCUACGGCCACAACAGGCUUUGGAGGCGGCAGCUUUGGAUCAUCGGCAGCGCCUGCGACCACUGGGUUUGGCGCAGCAACGACAACUGGGUUCCCUCAGUCAAGCACGACAGGGUUCGGCCAGGCACCCAACACUGGGUUUGGUCAGACCAGCACUGCAGGCACGGGCCUGACUUUUGGUGCUGCGGCGAACAAGCCGACAUUUGGCGGGUUUGGCCAGACCAACACGUCAGCACCGGCUGCAUCCGGUGGGCUGUUUGGAGCGUCAACUGGAACCACCGGAGGCUUUGGCCAGACAAACACCAGCACUGCCGGCGGUCUGUUUGGAUCCAAUACCAACGCCGGUAACGCUGGCGGGGGUCUGUUCGGAUCUAACGCCAACGCGGGCACUACUGGAGGAGGGCUAUUUGGCAACAAGCCUGCUACUAGCGUGGCAGGCGGCGGGCUGUUUGGGUCAAAUGCCAACACGGCUACCAACACUGGAGGUGGGCUGUUUGGCUCCAACGCGAACACAGGGACCACCGGUGGGGGACUGUUUGGCACCAACAGCACCAACGCGGCUACCAACACUGGCGGCAACCUCUUUGGGGCCAACAGCGCGAACAUGGGUAACACUGGAGGAGGGCUGUUUGGCACCAACAACACGGCCACCAGCACCGGCGGAGGGCUGUUGUUUGGUAGCAAGCCCGCUACUGGGGCAACAGGCGGCGGCCUCUUUGGCUCCAGCAACACUGCCAGCACCAAUACUGGCGGCGGCCUAUUCGGUUCCAGCACCAACACCGGAGGCGGCCUCUUUGGUGGUUCUAAGCCUGCGUUUGGGCAGCCAGCAGCUGGCACGGCUGGCGGUGGUCUGUUCGGCUCCAGCACCAACACCGGUGGUGGGCUAUUUGGUGGCAUGCAGAACCAGCAGCAGACGCCCAGCAUGCAGCAGCCGCUUCAGCUUGGGCAGCUGUCGGCCCAGAUCGACAAGCAGCCGUACGGCACCAGCUCGCUGUUUGACACGACGAAGCUUACUGGAAAGGCCGGGCUGUUCACCAAGACCGGCAGCAGCCAUCUGACCGCCACUCCCCUGCGCUCAUCGAUCGUCGAGCAGUCCACCGUCGAGAAGGAGCGCGAGCUCAAGAAGCGGGGCCUGAGCCUGCACUCGAUUAGCUCGCCGCAAACCGCAACCAGCAGCCGCCUGCGCUCACGUGGAUUUGUUGCGCCGACUACGGCCAAGCGAUCGUCACUGGGCAUCUCGGCUGCGGGCAUCUCGUCGCCGUCUGUUGCCACUGCGCAUGUGCCGGCCAUCACUGGCUCUAGCGCUGACAACUCGCGUCGCGAGCCUGUUGCGCUGUUUGGGCGGGAUGGGUUCUUGUCGCCGGCUCCUCAGACUCCUCGGUCCAGUGUCAAGCGGCUGGUUAUCAACCGCAAGCCUGCUGAGAGCGGAUUCACUGCUGCCUCCUCGUCGCCGGUGGCUGCAGCAGUUGCUGCAGUUCCUGCCGAGCCUGCCAGUCCGUGGACAGGAGUGAAGCGGACGCAAUCAAUGGCGGCUGACCCCGAGGAGUCGCCGGCUGCUGUUGUUUCGGCGCCAAAGGUUGUGUCCCAGGCAGAAGCCGAGAGCGAUGCCGAGAGUGAUGCUGAGAGCGAUGCUGAGAACGACGAUGGCGAGUACUGGAUGGCUCCGAACCUGGCGGAGCUGCGCAGCAUGCCUGAGCAGAAGCUGCGGGCGGUCAAGGAGUUUGUCGUUGGUCGCAAUGGCGUGGGUCAGGUCCGGUUUAUGGAGCCUGUUGACCUGACCAGUGUUGGCUCGCUUGGAUCUAUUGCGGGCGGAGUUGUCCUGUUCGACGACCGCGUGUGCACAGUUUACCCUGACGAGACCAACAAGCCGCCUCGCGGGCAGGGUCUGAAUGUCCCUGCCAUCAUCUCUCUUGAUGACUGCUGGCCCAGCGACCGCUCGACAGGCAAGCUUAUCACAAAGGUGGACGAUGUCCGUGUGCGCAAGCAUAUCCGGCGUCUGAAGAAGGCUGAAGACACCGAGUUUAUCAGCUUCAUCGACGGCACUUGGGUCUUCCGCGUGGAGCACUUUUCGCGGUAUGGACUGGAGGACGACAUGUACGAUGAUGAUGACGACGGAGAUGACGACGACGAUGACGACUAUGUGAUGGUGAAGGCUGGAGAGGAGAACAAGAAGCAGGGUUUUUCUAAGGCCACCGCGGCAUCAGCGGUAGGAGCGCAGGGCCAUACGGGCGGCUCGCGUGCGGUGGCCCAAUCCCAGCCCAAGGAGGAGAGCAUCUCGCCAGAUGGAGAUGCGGAUGCAGAUAUGGAUAUGGAGAGUGGAGGAGUGAGCAGCAGUGGCGAGCAGGGCAUGGCAGCCACGCAACAGCUGCCAGCGUCAAGGGGACGUGCCCCGGCUAUGCGUGCAUCGCUGUUUCCAAAGCAAACUUCAGGCAUGGACAUGGGCCAGACGAUCGAUGGGCAUGCUGCUGGUUCUUUUGGGCGGUCCGCAAAGCAUAGGCAGGAUGAUGGGGCGGAAAGCCAACGGAGGCCAUUGGAAGCCCUGGCCAGGAAUGGCUUUGACCGCGCCGAGCCCCAGACCGCCAACCCAUUUGUGCUAAGGGCAAAGCCGGCACCUAAGCAAGGCCGUCGGGCUCGUGGAUUUGGCAGCCGGGACAAUAUGUCGGGUGUCACUUCAGCGACAGGCGCUCCAUCGCUCGCAGCGCCGUCAAUCGAUGCGCUGGAUUUGCCAUCACCCAGCAAGUACUUGCGGACCAGUGAGCCGCGAAUCGUACGUGACCUGCUGGCCCAGCCCCAGCCGUACUCUGCGUCUGUCACCCAUGGCCGGUCUGGUGUGGGUGCCGAUGCCGGAAUGAUGAUGGCACGUAGCUUCCGCGUCUCGUUUGGCCCGCAGGGGCAGCUUGUGUACCUCCAGAGCGGCGGCUCCAAGGCCAAAGGCGGCGCAUCGACAGCGCUUGUUAUUGACAGCCUCUCUCGUCACAUCCAUGCAGCACCUGGCAAAUCGUCGACUAUUGCUCAAAGCACAGACGCCGACGGUUCAGACGCUAUCCUGGAAACCCAGCGGCAAAUGCACAUGAGCCUGAUUCGCGCGCAGUGGGAGCACGCCCACAUUGAGUGGUCGGUGGCGACAGCUUGCCCAGCAGUGACAUUUCGUGACGGAACGACUAUCGCGUCGGUGGUCGGAGCGCUGUCUCGAAUCGACAGCGACGCAUCAAAGGCGAUCCCCCAAGAGGAGUCGCGCAUUCUGGAGCUGGCGGCGGUGCUGUUUGACGAGCUGGCGGCGGAAGAGAACGAAGACGAGCUCACCAGCGAGCAGCUCGCACGCAUCCGCACUGUUCGCCGCAGGCAAGGCUUGACGCGCUGGCUGAUGUCAGCGGUCCACGAGUCAGUGCAGAGCGACCUGGUCCAUGCUGGGGAAUCCGCAUCGCCAUCGGCAUCAUCGGUGUUUGCCCUGCUCUCUGGAAACAAGAUCGAAUCCGCGUGCCUGUCAGCAAUCUCUCACCGCGACUACCGCUUGGCGACUCUGGUCUCGCAGUGUGGCAGCGGUGCUGUUGGCGGAGGCGGCAGCGACACGCAGUUCCAGGAGUUUGUGCGCACGCAGCUCCAUCGCCUCGAGGAAGUCGGCGACAGCAAGACCUUCCCCAGCAGCUAUCGCCGUGUGUACGAGCUGCUGUCAGGCAAUGUCGAGUGGGAGGCAUCGCAGCUUCCAAGAUCGUCGUCGUCGGGCUGCUUUGUGACGCGUGGUCUUGACUGGAAGCGCGCGUUUGGCGUGACUCUGUGGUACGCGCAAGCGCCAGCGGACCCUAUUGCAGGGGCUGUGCGGCAGUAUGAGCGCAUGUUCAAGGAAGGCUCUCUGUCGUCGGGCACUGCGGUGCCGUCGCCGAUUGCUCCUCCGCUGCCGUCGUGGCUCUUUGCUGAUGGCGAGCUCUCGCAGCGCACCAGUGCGCUGGCCGAGUUUGAGCAGGCAGACUCCCAUUUGGCCAAGCGAGCCGUCACUCUGUCGCGGAGCAGCGUGUGGGAUGCUGCGUUCCAGCUGCUGAAACUCUUCAGCGAGCCGACCAUGCCUCUGGAGAAGGCGCUGGUAUCCGAGUCAUUCACUGCUGCGCGCGGCGACUCGCGUCUAGCCACUGUUAUGGCGUGGCUGCUCAGUGCUGUCAGGCAGUGCCGUGGAUUCGAGGAUGCUCGGCAAGUUGCUGGCGGCAAGCUUAUAUCGCUUGCUUACGACAGCAUGCUCGCGGGGUGGGCGUUCCAGCUCGAGACCCUCGGUCUGUGGCAGUGGUCGUGUUAUUUGCUGCUGCAAUUGUCGAGCGACUUGCACAAAACCCACGCGAUCCGGGCGCUUCUUGACCGCUCGCUGACCAGCUCGACCCCAAACGGUGCCCUGGUACCGGCUGCGGUCAGCGAGCUGCUGCCAAAAUCCUCUCUUGGCGCCGGUGACAUGGGCAGUAUUGAGCAGCAGGUGCGGUUUGUACGCAACGACCUGCAUCUUCCUGAGCUGUGGCUGUACGAGUCGUACGCUAACCGCAGCCGGUAUGAUCGCCAGCUGAUUGAGGCCCAUUCUGGCACCCAGCAGCUGGCCUUCCUUACCGGCCGCCGUGCUCAGACAUCGUCACCGGCUGUGGUUGCGGCGGCGCCGCUCUUCAACCCAGGCAUCUUUGCCGGCAGCCAGCUGGCGCAGUUCGCCAGUCCUUUGGCCACGGUUGCGCUGGAUUCGGCCGCUGUGGCCGUGCUGCGUGAGGUCGCCUGGCUGAUUGGCGCCCGCCGUCUGUCGUCAGCCCACCUGCUGGUCAUGCAAAAGAUCGCCCCUGAUGCCAUCCUGCGCGGCGACUACCGGCUGCUGUCCAAGGUGCUUUCAUAUCUGGAUCCGGCUGUUACCAGCCCGGGCGGCAGUGGUGCGUGCGUGCCGGGCGAGAGCUGGAUGUGUGGCGGCCAGGUGUACAAGUCGUUCCUGGUUGCCGUCGAGGACCUGCCAGCGAUCCUGAAGCAGCUUGCGGCAGCGAAGCAGAUCGACGAGCAAAGCAGCACUGUGCAGCAACUGACCGAGCAGGUCAAGCAGAUCUACUCGCAAAUGGCCACGCUGCUGUCGUCUCUGCCGUCGCUGUCGGCCAGGUUCGAAGCCUUCUCUAAAUCAAUGGACGCGUCGCUUGGGUUCUAUGACGGCACGGAGGUGUUCUGGUACUCGGCCCGCGAGGCCCGCGAGCUGCGGAUCAAGUAUUCUGUCGCUAUUUCCGAGAUGGCCACCGUUGUCACUGGCCAGGUCCAGCAGCUGGAAUCAUGCUUCCCUGGCCUCGCUUCUAGCAGCAGCCGUGCUUCGCCGCUGCACCUGCAGACUGCCAUCCCGGCUAUGCUGCCGCUGGCCGAGGACAUGCGCAUCCUGCGCACAUACCAAAUGGCCCAGACGUGCUUUGACUCGCUCGUUGCUGACGAGCUUGAGGCUUGAAUAGUUUUUUUCUCGCUUUUAAAUACAUCAUUCAUUUGGUAAUUCUUGAUCUAA